AUGCUGCCUCUCGCGCUCGCCUCGCUCUUCUCGCCCUCCGUCACCACGCUCCUCAACGGCGUGCGCAUCGAGCACGCCUCCUGGAACAGCGGCUCGUCCGACGCGGUCCUGCUCCUCAUGGGGCACAGCGCCACCAUGACCUGGUGGCGGCAUGGCGCGGAGCGGCUCCAGCGUGCCGGCCUGCGCGUCAUCGCGCUCGACAACCGCGACUCGGGCCUCUCGCAGCGCUUCGACUCGGCGCUGCCAGAUCCGGUCACCGCCACGCUGCCGGCAAUCACCUGCGAGCACUCGCAGCCGGGGCCGACUCCCGACGGAGGCGGAGUGUGCGCCUACACGCUCGACGACCUCGCCGACGACGCUGUCGGCGUGCUCGACCACUAUGGCGUGGAGCGGGCGCACGUCCUCGGCGCGUCGAUGGGCGGCGUCGUCGCGCAGAUCAUCGCCUCGAGGCACGCGGCACGCUGCCGCUCGCUCUCGCUCGUCAUGACUGCGGAGCGGAUCGGCGAGGCGACGGCGGCGACGGCGGCGGCCUCCGACGGCGCCUUCAUCGGCGCGCUCGGCGCCGCGACCCUCCCGCCGCCCCACCCGGGCAUGACCAAGGACGAGUACCUCUCUUCGCGCGCGCGGCGCCCGCGGAGAGCCGCGAGUCGCCUUCUGCCGAGAGGGCGCGCUGCCGUGACGGGUCGCUGGCAGACGCUCGCCAUCAUCGAGUGGGAGCGGCGGCGCACCGCCGAGCAUGCGUCGGCGCUGCGCGGGCUGAAGAUGCCGGCGCUCGUGCUGCACGGCAAGCACGACCCGCUGGUCGGCGUCGACGCGGGCCGAGGGCUCGCCGCCGCCACGGGUGCUCGCUUCGUCGAGUAUGCGGGCGGGCACAACUUUGGUCACUCGGCGGCGGAGCGGUCUAAGGUGUGGGACGAGAUCGUGGAGCACAUCAAGGCGAGUCCGUGA